UUUCGAAUAAAUUGAGCAUUGGGUAAAUUGUUAUAAAUUAAUAAUAUAUUUGUAAUAUCCCACUGAGUAGAAAAAUUUGAUUUUCUGACAUUUCAUAACCGAUCUGGUUAUCUAUUCUCUGAAGAAGAGGCUUACACUAAGUCACAGAACGUCAGAAAAUGUAACUUCCCUACUCAUUUGGAUAUUACAAAUAUAUUUUUCAUUUAUAAACGUACAAUAGAUUAUGUAAUUGUAAAGUGAAUGGGUGAUUGCAUUUAAAUUUGAUGUUCGUUAAAACCAUUCCAUAGAAAAUUGUAGCAUCCUAAGAUCGUAUAUUUUAUCGACUAUUAAGUAAGUAUUGUUCAAUAUUGAAAUCAAAGAUUAUUAUUACUUCAUUAUCUGAAGUAUGAUUAUAUUUACUUAUCUGAUUAUGAAAAAUAGGUAAUUUACAGAAUGUUAUAAGCAAAUAAACUUGAUAUAAAUCGUUAUGCAAUCACUGUUGUGUUUAUAAAAUAUGAAAUCUAUGUAACACUUGAAAAGAACAAUGAUAAUAAAUUUACAGACAUUGCAUAUUAAAUGUCUUUGUAAUUAUCAGAAAAUAAGGAUACCCAUUCAGUCUCAUUUUCAUAGGGUUAACACUAUAGGAUAAUUAGUUUUAGAUAACAUUGAUGUCGUAUGACUUUUUUUUUAGUAACUAACGCAUUUCAGAAUAAGUAACAUCACCUCAUCUUCAAAUGGUUUUUGUUUAUACACAAUGAUCGAAAUAGGUCAAAUUUCCAAGUCAGUAUAACACUGAUCAAUGAUUGGCUGUCACUGACGUCACUUGAGAAAAGCCAUUCAAGGUCAAAAUGAUUUUCUAAUUGGGUUGUGAUAAUAAAUUAUAAUCAAUGCCAUAUCCUUUAUGUUUUUCAAAAUCAUUACGACUUUAUUCCACAUAUAUUUCUGUCUCACGUUUGAUUGGACAUUUUCUGUAACCUUGAUGUAAAAUCUUGUCAUUGAUUUGACUUCAUAAAUAACCAAUAAAAGUUCUGGAUUUCACCAUAGAAAGAAAAAAAAACAAGUUGAAAAUCAGUUGUGUUCAAAUAUAGAGAUCAACAAUUGGAAGUAAUUUGUAACAUCUUUCAAGGUAAUCUAUCAACUGUUUGUUACAGAAAUAUCUUCAUAACUGUAUUUCAUGUGGGGGCUUGUAUAUUAACUAGCCACCUAAAUUGGAAUAAAGAAAGGAGUUGAAAUCUGUGAAACACAUACUGAAAGCAGAAUACUUUAGUCACUAGGCCUCUGAUCUUCAUUCUAAGUGUUUACUUUAAAAUGACGAUAAAUUGGAAGCUGAACUGCGUCAAUGAUAAAUAAAUCGAAAUAUGGAACAAGGUUUACGAUUCUGUUGGUAUUUACUUCCGACUUUAUUGGCGUGGAUAGUAAAAUAUGCAAUUCGUCUAAUUUUAUUACCGAUUUUCAUCGUAUUUAUUCUUGGUUAUGUUGUGAAAUAUUUCAAGAAAAAGUCUAAAUUGCGCAUUAAAUUAUUACGUAAAAGACAAUCAAUAACUCAAGGAAUGAAUCAUCUGAAAGAACAUCUUUCAUCCACGAAAAGCUCAUCAAAUAUUGAUUUACUAUCAGUUACAGAUCUGAAUUUAGAUACUAUCCAAGAACGUUUAGUUGAAGGCAAAUUUACAUCAGUUGAAUUAUUACAUGCCUAUCAAAUUAAAGCUUUACAAUUAUAUGACUCAGGAAAUUCAGGAAUAUGUGAAUUUCUUGAUGAAGCGGAGCAGUUGGCUGUUGACGUUGCUAAAUUUAAUCGCUUACCUAAAAGUAAACAAACGUUGGUUGGUAUUCCUAUCAGUUUAAAAGAAUUAUGUUCGACCAAGGGAUAUGAUGUAACAUUUGGUUUGAUAGAACGAUGUAAUAAACCCUCACAUGAAGAUUGUUGCAUAUUGGAAGUACUUAGACAUGAAGGAGCAAUACCUUUUGUUCUGACAGCAACUUCUCAAACAGCUCUAUCUCUGAGUGGAAUAAAUCCAGUAUUUGGUGAUAUGUCUAAUCCUCAUUCAUCAGAACAUGAAACAGGCGGGAGUUCUAGCGGUGAAGGUGUACUUCUAAGUUUACGGGGAUCUCCAGUUGGAAUCGGAACAGAUUUGGCUGGAAGUAUACGAAUUCCUUCGGUGUUCUGCGGUCUUGUUGGCUUAAAACCAACAACUAACCGUAUUAGUAGUAAAGGUGUGGGUGUGAUCGGUCAUAAAAAGUCAGUAUUAUUGAGAGUAUGUGUUGGACCAAUGGGUAGACGAGUGGAUGAUCUAGCUAAAUUAAUGCGUACACUUUUAACAACGAAAAUGUUUCAAAUGGAUCCAUAUGUGCCACCAUUACUGUUUAAUGAUAUGAUCUACGCGGGUACAGAUAAGCCGAAAUUGACAAUCGGAUAUUAUGCGACUCUAGAGGAUCCACUAAUUAUUACUAGUGUUCCAAGUGUUCGCAGAAUAGUGAAUGAAUCAGUGGACAUUCUAAGACAACGCGGUCAUAUAUUGUUACCGUUUCAUCCACCUGACAUAAAAUGGGCUUAUGAAUUAAGUAUGAAGGCGAUUUCUGUUGACACUAAAUAUAAUCUUCAAGAGGCUUUGUUUGCAGAACCACUAAAUGAACACACCAAAUUUCUCUACCUUUUAAUUAGUCUCCCACACUGGCUGAAAGUUAUGAUAGAUAAAUUAUUGAAUAUUAUCUUUGGUAGACCAGCUGCGGUUACAAGUUUCUUGGACGGUCCUAGGGGCGAAGCAAAAACAUUAAAUUUAAUCUCAGAUAUUGAGUUGUAUAGACAUAAAUUUCAAAGAGCUAUGGAAGAAGCCUGUAAUUUGGAUGCAAUCAUUUGUCCAGUUUUCCCCUUCCCAGCAUUUCCAAAGUCGGCUAAAUCGAUGUUUGUUACGCCAGCUAUUGCUUAUACAGUAUUGUUUAACUUGUUAGAUUAUCCAGCUGGAACAGUCCCAAUGGGAUAUGUGAGUAAGGAAGAUGUACAAAACUCAAAAGUGAUGGCUGAAGAAUACGAGAAAGUCGGCAAUCGAUUUCUUUCUGAGGUAUUCAAGUACCAGGAAACAAGUGAAGGCUUACCGGUCGGUGUACAAAUUGUUGGUAAACCAUGGCAAGAAGAGCGUGUGCUAUAUGUUAUGAAAGAACUGGAGACAUCAAGAACACAGAAUAAUUAGAACCGUUAUUCUAAACCUUAUUUCUUCAGUUGACUUAGCUUGACCAUAUAUUAUCGCGUUACUGUAAAAUAUUCAUUACCGUUUAAUCUACACAGAAGUAUAAUAUUUUAAUAUGAAAAAAACUGAAUUCGGCUUUCGAAUUUUGAAAUCUACCUACUUCUUUCAUCGAAACAUAAAAAUUUCUAGAUAUUGUUUCAUUUUUGUUCAUGCAGUAUUUUACACAUAUUCGUUGGAACAGUAGGAAAUAUUAAUUGAAAUCGAAAUGUGAAUUGAUUAUUAACUAAAAAAUAGCAAAUUAUGUGCGAUUUUCAUUUCUUUUAAGUACUAGUUAGUUACAGUAAUUACUAAGCAGAGAAUCAUACUCAGUAUUCUUUAUUACACUAAUGUGAUUUGAACUAGGAAUCCUAUAACUUUAAUCUUAUCUCCUUCAAUAUAUUCUUGUUUAUCAUAAUACUUGUGUCACAUCUUGCUUUCAAUUGUUCAAAUCAUUCCUAGAAGCCCUCAUUUCAACUGCAUCUUUUUGGUUAGUGAGUGUUUCAAUUAUUGUGUUAUAUGAAAGUGCUAUAUAUGUAUAAUAUCCAAUCCACUGAUGGUGAUCUACCUUGGUGACAAAAAUAUAGGCCCGAUUUUCGAUAAAAA